CGCUUCCGCUCAUCCUCGAAAUUGCUGAACAUCCUGCUCUGUCCUCUCCCUCUCCGUUGCUUCUGUCUUCCAACUUGUCUCGAAAAUGCCGAGGUGCACACACAAGGGCUGUGGUCGAGAAUACGAUGCCGCAAACAACACGGAUGAAAGCUGCUCAUACCAUCCAGGCGCGCCUGUGUUUCACGAAGGCCUCAAGUCCUGGUCCUGCUGCCAGGAUGUCAAUAAACCGGUGCUCGAGUUUGAUGAGUUCAUGAAGAUUCCGGGAUGUGCAAAGGGCCGGCACACCGAUGAAGCUCCCAAAGUAGAGGCUCCAAAACCAUCGGCGAACGUGAAUCUCAAGAUGACGGAUUCGCAGGCGGGGAAGGAGACUUACACCUCAGCUUCUUCGUCUUCUCAUCACAUCGCACCUUCUACGGUCUCUCAAGCAUCUGCGGAAGCUGAACUGCCUCCUCCGGCUCCAGUGCAAGAAGAAGAGGAUGAUCUCUCUGUUCCAGUUACUCCAGGGACGAAGUGCAGGAGGAACGGCUGCCAGACCGUUUUUGAGAGCGAUGAGCUGAAUCGCACAGGCGAUGGUCUUGGUACCGUGUGCACUUACCACCCGAUGGCACCCAUCUUCCAUGAAGGCAGCAAGGGCUACCUCUGCUGUAAACGUCGCGUUCUAGAGUUCGACGAGUUCCUCAAAAUCCAAGGAUGCAAGACUGGUCGCCACGUCUUUAUACCAAAGAACCGGGACGCUGCCGUUGAGCAAUUCACAGACUGUCGUAUCGAUCACUACCAAACUCCGACCAGCGUACACGUUUCUGUGUUUGCUAAGCAAGCGGAUCAGGAGCGCAGUACCGUGAAGAUCGAGCGGAACGCGAUUCAUCUUGAUCUCUACCUGCCCGCGUCAAAGCGGUUCCGCAAGUCCAUAGAGUUGUUCGGUCCCGUUGACCCUGAGGCAUCCUCUUUCAAAUACUACGGAACGAAAGUGGAACUCAAUCUCAAAAAGAACGACACGCGUAGCUGGACGAUUCUCUCGAAACCCACUCGCGACCUUGGAAACAUAGCCUUGACAUUCGGCGUCGGCGGGAGGACGGGUACCAUCGGCAGCAAGGAGAUCAUUUUGGACGACACGAAUAGAGCGAAGCACACUCCGGCUUGAUCUAGCAUUCAGGGAUGGUAAUGCACUGUAUGAGGUAUUGUAUGUAGCGUUGGGCGUGGGAUGCGUUGCUCCGGCCAAUGUAAUCAUAAAUUACCCGGCUUUUCUACUU